CUUGUAAUGGCGCGAAUGAUACGAAUACGACAGUCGCACCUACUACAACAACAACCGUGGUCACCACAGCCGCACCUACUUCAACACCCAAGGUUACCACCCAAAAACCCUCAACUGCUAAGCCCACUACCCAGAAGCCCACAACCCCAAAACCUACUACCCAGAAGCCUACAACAGUGAAGCCCACUACCCAGAAGCCCACAACAGUCAAACCCACUACCCAGAAGCCCACAACAGUCAAACCCACGACCCAGAAACCCACGACAGUCAAACCCACUUCCCAGAAGCCCACAACAGUCAAGCCCACUACCCAGAAUGCCACAACAGAGAAUCCAACCACAGAGCCAAUGACUACAAUGCCACAGACAACUGUUGCGCCAACAAUGCCUCCCCAACCUGCCACUGGUAACUACAGUUUCCAGGACCCUAAGACAAAGGUAGUCUGCAUGUAUGCAGAAUUCGGAGCCAGAUUCAAUGUGACCUAUAUGAUGAAGAAUGGCAAGAAUAACUAUUCUGUCACGGACCUUCCCACAACAGGCGUAACAACAACAACGUCUGAAUGCGGAAAUACCACGCAGAAGCUCAUAAUGAAAUUCAUGGGUUGGACAUACCAGCUGUGGUUCGUGAAGAGCGAGGAUGGCAAUACAUACUCUGUGAAUACUACCGCUCUUACCUACAAGAUUGAUGGGAAAAAAUUCCCUAAUGCUAACGCAACUGGCACGAAUAACACUGUGUUAGGCUACUUCUCUACAGGGAGCAAUCCAACAGUUACCCAGUCUUACAUGUGUAACUCUGAGCAAGAUGUCAGCCUAGGAGGAGGUCAAGUUAUGUUGAAGACAUUCAACUUCAGGGCUCAGGCAUUUAGAACCACAAACACUACUGGCUUCACUGGAGAUACUGUUGAUUGCGCCGCAGAUGACUCAACAGGAAACAUUGUUCCCAUCGCAGUAGGAGCUGCCCUUGCUGGUCUCGUGAUUAUCGUACUUAUCGCUUAUCUGAUUGGUCGACGAAAGAGCCGCAAGGGAUACGAAUCAGUGUAAUUUUAAUUUAAAUCCAUUUAGCAGACUAUUAGAAAUUUCAAAAUGAUAAAUAAGGAGCAUCACUGGUGUGUAUUGUGUGAUAGGUGAGAUUGAAAUAUUUGCGUUUUAUUGAAACAAAACUGAUGCUGAAUUUACAUGGGAAAAUAAUAUUUUAUUUUUCACGAUUAUGUAUGUCAACAUCCAAUUUCAAGUACAACACCUUUUAUGCAAAUUCUAUUCUAAUCGCAGGUAUUUCAAUCGUCACAAGAAUGAGAACAAAAAAUAAAUGAUUAUUUUUGUAAGUCAAACUAUGUCGUAUGUUUGGAACUGCUAAUUAAAGUGAAAUAAAGCAAAUGCUUGAGACACCUUAGAAAGGCCUUGGAGUACACCAAGGUCAUGUGAUGUUCCCAUAGCAACCAACACACAGGAAACAUUUAAGAACAUUCCAGAAUUUGUAAACCUUCACAUAUGUUAUUAUUAAAGACUUACUUUUUAUCUGUAAAGAAUUUAAAAUUAAAUAUGAUACAAAGGAGUGUAAAUAGAAGAAUGCCCAAACACAUUCACAUGUACAAUUGAACAUCUACUUCAUGAGGAAAAAAUAAACUUUUUUUGUUUGUCAUUGAUAAAAUAUUUGAUUCCUCAGCCUUUGUUUUUUUGAACUAGUUAAUUUAAUCAAUAAGUUAAUCAAGU